AUGGCCAAGAAGAGGGCGCGCGGCGGCAGGAAGGCGGGUGGGAACUGCGACCCGGCGGAGGAGCAUGCGGCACUUCGCGAGGAGGCGGUGGACGGGCGCCAGGACGAAGACGAGCUGUUCGAUGCGCUGAUCGACGGGCUGUACGAGAAGCGGGCCGCCACGCGCCUGAGCGCCCUUAACGGGCUCGCACGGCUGCUGGCCUCCGGUGUGCGUCUCGAGGAGUGCGUCGCGCGGGAGGAGACCCUGUCUCGAUUGCUGCUCAACAGCGUCCGACGAGGCACGGGCACGGAGGCGACCUUGGCGGCUCGCGGCUUGGGCUUGCUGAUCAUGACCCUGGGACUCGAGGACGGGGCCGAAAGGGUGUGGACAGAGACGGGGGACACGCUGAUGAAGUGCGCUGGCAACAAGCUAAUGGCAGUGGAGCUGCGAUGCAGUUCGCUGGACACAUAUUCUAUCGCGUCUUUCAUUGUGGAGAACGACCCUCUGUCUACUCUGGAGUCCAUGGCAAGGCUGGCCUCGCUGUGGAAUGCUGAUUCCCACGCUGUUCGAGAGUGUGCCAUCCGUGGUUGGACACUGCUAGGCAGCACGCUCUCCGCCCACCUGAUGGAAGAUAGCUUCUACAGCAUGGUGGAGAGGUUGACGAAGCUUCUGGAAGACCCUGCGGUGGAUGUGCGUCGGGCUGCCAGCGAGGCUGUGGCUCUGUUGCACGCCUUUGGCCUGGAGCUGGAGUCUGAUGACACGGACUCCAGUGACAGCGAGUCGUCGGUGGCCAGCAACAGCACAGGCUGGAGCAGGUUUUCAGGCAUCGACUGUGCGAUGGACAGGAUGAAGGACCUGGCUGGCCCAAAGGGCCAGGUCAAGAGGAGGUCAAAGAGGGACAGAGCAGCCAUGAGGUCGACCUUCAGGGAGGUCUGCCAGUUUGUUGAGGAUGGCAUUGUGGCAGAGGCUAGAAUCAAGCUGAAGGCCACAGUGCUGGUGGUGGACGACCUGCCUGGCCUUGUGCAGCUCAGCUUCAUCCGCAAGAUUCUGGCCGGGGGUUUUCAGGCCCACCUGAAUGGCAACGAGCUGCUGCAUCGGGUAUUUGGCUACUCGCCUGGCAAUGGGGCUGCUCCGAAAAUGACAAAGUCAGAGAAAAGGAUGUUCAAGUCUCCGCAGUCGGAUGCCACGAGGAUGAGGACGCAGUUGCGGAGGAACGAUUAUGACGCCAAAAUGCAGAUGCUGGAGGGCUGA